GAAGAUAUCGAUGGUGCGGCGUUUCUUCAGCUAACAAAUCAAGAUUUGUCUCAAUUAAAGAUAAAAAUGGGACCAAAAAAAAAGUUAUUAGCUUUAAUUGAUUCAUUGAAUCAAGAAAAAAUAACAGGAUCUUACAUUAUUAUUGACUCAAGUGGAGUACUGGAAAAACAGACACAAAAUGAGACUGUUUGUUCAACUCUUCCGAUAAAUGUAAGUUUGUCAAGAGCAUCAACUUCCGGCGUAACAUCAUCACUAUCCAGUCCUAAACCUACUCCAGCUUCAUGUACACUUUCAACAAGUGUCGUAUCGUCAAAUACUUUUUCAAGAUAUGGUACCGUUGAAAAUACAUUAAAAGAGCAUCAACAAGGAAAAGAAAUUCUAUCAGCCAUUCGUGGAAUAACAUGCAGUGAAGGAGAUCGAAAAUGUUUUGUUCGAAUCCUAGUCGGUGAACUAGUCAAGACUCACAACGAUAGUUGCUACCCUCCAAAAGAAGCAAAAAUCGCUUUGGCCAAAGCGAUAUCAUUAAAGAAUUCCCAAAACUUAAAGAUAAGAAGCAACCUAAUGGCUACGUAA